AUGCUCUCAUCUUCAUCUACAUUGGUUCCGCAUCCAUCAUUCUCAUCAACUUUCUUACCUUCAGACAUUUUGGAAGAAAUUUUCGAUCAUCUUGAAGUAGAGUAUGAAAAUGACCCAUCCGGUCUACUAUCAACAUUAUAUUCAUGUGCAUAUGUAAAUAGAAAUUUCUGCAAGAACGUUAUACCGUACAUAUGGCGGAAACCGUUCUAUUCCAGAAAAAACGGAUUGAACUUUACCAAACAGAAAAGUCAAAAAAGUGCGAAAAAAUCUGAAA